CCUGAGCUUACUGCCUCCCUGUCCAGCAACAGUACUUUAAUGGUUGGAACUGCCCGCCCCAACCUACAUUACUGCCCUCGCAGACACAGCCUGAUGAUCACCGGUGCCAUGGGAGCGGUGCGAGUCAACAGAUACAGCAUCGUUUCCACUGAUGAAGAUGCCCUGAAGAUCUCCAGCCUGGGCCUCUACAAUGGCCACAGUCCUCUGACUCAGCAGACAUUAUCAGGGGCCUGUAUGCGGGGCGAAGAAGGUGGAGAGUGUCCAGGAAGUGAUGAGGGAAGAGGGGCUUUGUCCUUGAGAGUGACAAAUGAGCCAAUAGGCCACAACAGCUGCCGCGCUUCACCCUCGUGUCGCCUGGGCCUGGAUGUGGGCACUGGCCGCCUACGCAGCCGCUUUGUGAAGAAGAACGGUCAGUGCAAUGUAGUGUUCAACAACAUGGAGGAUAAGCCACGACGAUACUUGGCUGAUAUUUUCACCACCUGUGUGGACAUACGCUGGCGCUACCUGCUGCUCAUUUUCACCACCACCUUCCUUCUGUCUUGGCUGCUGUUCGGCCUGGUCUUCUGGGGUGUGGCACUCGCUCAUGGAGACUUUAACCUUCGUAUCCCUGUGAAGGAAGGAGAUCCUCGAAGCAACAUAGAGGAAGGAAAAGACGAAUGGCGGCCAUGUAUUCUCCACAUCCAGGGUUUUAUUGGGGCGUUCCUCUUCUCCAUAGAGACCCAGACCACCAUUGGAUAUGGUUUCCGGUGUGUCACAGAAGAGUGCCCAGUUGCUGUGGUGACCGUGGUGGUCCAGUCCAUCGUGGGCUGCAUUAUUGACUCCUUCAUGAUCGGCACCAUCAUGGCAAAGAUGGUGCGGCCUAAGAAGCGGGCGCAAACCUUGCUGUUCUCCCAUCAUGCCGUCAUCGCUCUGCGGGAUGGUAAGCUGUGCCUCAUGUGGCGCAUGGGGAACAUGCGUAAGAGCCACAUUGUUGAAGCACAUGUACGUGCUCAGCUCAUUAAGCCACAUGUGACGGCGGAGGGCGAGUACCUCCCAUUGGAGCAAACAGACAUUGAUGUCGGCUAUGAUGACGGACUGGAUCGGCUGUUUCUUGUGUCACCGCUGGUGGUGGUUCACGAGAUCAACAAGAACAGUCCUCUGUAUAAGAUGAGCCGCAAUGACCUGCAGAAGGAAGACUUUGAAAUUGUGGUCAUCCUGGAGGGGAUGGUGGAGGCCACAGCCAUGACCACUCAGGCCCGUAGCUCCUACUUGUCCAAGGAGAUCAUGUGGGGCCACCGAUUUGAGCCUGUGGUCUUUGAGAAGGGUGACCGCUACCACGUGGACUAUUCCCGCUUCCAUAAGACCUACGAAGUACCAUCUACGCCUCACUGCAGUGCCAAGGAACUGAGCCAGAUGACGGGUCGUGGCGGGCAGUCCUCAUCCUCCAGCUCGAGUUACUCCCAGUCUCCAUCACCAUUUGCCCCGAGGGCAGCCCAUCACCUACUUGGCCCUCACUCCCCCAGCGCUUUCUGCUACGAGAAUGAGGUAGCUUUGUGUUGUGGGGACGAUGAGGAUGAGGAGCAUGUGAAAGGAGACAGCCUAAAUGUAAGAAGUGAGAGAGAGGUAAAGAUGAGAGAUGACAUUCACUUGGGUUUCAAAGAGACAUUUGUGGAGGACCAGACGGUGGAGAUGCUGUGUGUUCUGGACUCAGAGAAUCAGAUCAGCCUUGACAGACUACAGCCCACCCUACCUUUGUACAUCAGCAGAGAGUCAGGAGUUUAAUCGUUCAUAAGGGCUGCGCUUUAAUUUGUUUCCUCUCCAUGUCUAUGUGCAUCCAACCAAAGUAUUAAACUGGUGUACAAAUAACAGAUUUUUGCAGCUGUCACAAACUCCACUCAGCUUCAGUUCAUAACUUGCUCUGGUUUCAGGUGUUGUACACUUUCUGUUGUAACAUCAGCAUCUAGACAACUCACAGCUUGUCUCUGAUCGGGCUUUCUUGUUUUGUUCAAUAUGACAGUGUAUGAUCUACAGUUAAGUCAAGCUUUUUGUUCUUGAUUUCCAUUCAGAUUUUGUAAAUAUGAUGAGCUUUUGUUUUGAUUUUUAAAUUAUUAUGCAUCAUAUACAGAUAAAUGUUAUAACAGA